AUGGACUUGGGUUUCGAGAAUGGACAAAGAUAUUGGAGAGAACAAGCCUUCCUCGACGCUAAAAGGAAUCGUGAACUGAGACACCAACACGGUAAUGGACCAUGUAAUAUCUUCAUACUCGACACGUCAUCAAGCCUCGGAGAGGAGGGCUUCAAUCAAAUGAAGGAUAUAUUUUGUACCAUAAUCAACGAAUAUGCCAAUCAUCCAGAAGAAGAUGAAAAUGUGGCUGUCAUCGUCUGUGGUAAAAAUACCAGAUUCCAGCACUACUUCUCAAAUCAGUACCUCGAUAUAGCACAGAGUUUAGACGGUAUAGAAUAUGGAGGUCUCUCGCCGCUCACAGCAGCAUUUCUACUUUGUAUCGAGUCAACUCGUAAUGGAGCAAGCCAUACUCUAAAGAUAUGCGACUUCGUAAUACGUCCACGAAUUAUUCUCAUUUCUGAUGGGCGACCGACAAAUUUCCAUUUCAUCAGUGAUACAUCUGACUCCAUCCAGUAUGAAACUGAAGAGGUAUUUGCUAAAAAUCAACUGCAGCAAAUAACUAGACUAAUUGGGAGACGAAAUCCAAUCUUCUGCAUUCCUGUGGGGGAAAAUCCUGAUCUGAUUUUUUUUAAUACUUUUAAGCCCUUAUUGGAGUUUAUAUGUGCUCUGUCGAGAGGGGGGAAACUUGUGUACCCUUUUGAGGCCAGGCAGUUUGCAAGAUAUUCUCAAAAUAUGGAAGAUAUACUUGAACUAAGUAGGAAAAAAUCAUUAUUUACGUCAGCGUCAGAACAUUCUGACUCCGACGAGGAUGUAAUAGAUAUUGUCCUUGAAAAGAAAGAUCCCUGCAUGCCAGAUCUUGGUAGCAGAGUAAAACGAGGACCAGACUGGAUGUGGGAAAAUCAAGAUGGCUAUGGCCCUGGCACAGUCAUAGGAUUUGGAAAGAAAGUUGGAUGGUUGUGGAUAGAAUGGGACAACGGUGACAAAAACAAGUACAGGUAUGGAAACAUUCAUUUCGUGUCGGGUGUACAUGACGUCGUAGUAUGUGAUCUACCACGAGUUCUAGAAGACGAGUUGAUUGCCGUGGGUUGUUUGGUUGUGAGAGGUCCAGACUGGAAAUGGGGGGAUCAAGAUGGAGGAGAAGGAAACAUAGGAUCAGUUUUUCGAGUCAGAAACAACGGGAGCGUCAACGUUAGAUGGCGGAAUGGCAAUGUGAGAGAUUACAGAUUUGGUUAUAAAGGGACGUUUGAUCUACUGAUAUGUGAUCCGUUUUCCAGGAAGGUGAGGGAAUAUUUACAGGAAAAUGUCAAAGAAGCUUCUACAACUGAAUCCUCUAACAGAGAACAUACUUUUCUUAAAAGGGAUUUUCAUCCAGAUAUCGACUCAAAAUCAAAAUCACUCGGUCUUGAGCAAUCGGUACACGAUUUUUCUAGAAAUUGUACACAUUUGCUAAAAGUACCCAAAGGUAAAUACUUUAGAAAUGACAAACUGGAGGAUGAGUCUUCGUCAGAUUUAGAGGUGGAUGGACAAAAAGCAAUUAAUCAGUGGAUGUGGAAAGAUAACAGUGGAAAAUGGAAUAAUUAUCCUAGAAAAAUGAAUGACAAAAUAUAUAAAUCAUGGAAGAGAAACCCAAAUUCUACCGUAGUAGUGGAAAUAAAUGAAUGUGUAUACAGAGUUGUAUUGGAGAGGAAUAUACAGAUAAAUCUAGAGACUAAAGAAAGGAUGGAAAUAGAAUUGAUUGAAUGAUUGAAACUGUAUAAGGAUUCCAUUUAACAGUCGACUUUGUCACACAAAAUAUCAUCAACAUGCCCCCCGUCGUAUGUGUAUAUCCAGGAACUCUCAA